AACAUUUUCCCAUACCAUGAUAGCAUAUGGCAUUCAAGGGAUGCAAUGUGCUACAAUAGAAACAGUCAAGGAUACAAAGACAAAAACUAUAAUUGAAAAUCUGAUAAACAGUGACGACCUGACCAAACUAGCUGACGAUGAUGCCAUAAACAACUUGAUGACAGAGGCAGGGAUUUCAUUAAGAUUAAAUGAAAAUACAAAAAAUGGGAUAAUCAAAGGACUGAUCAUGCAUGGCUCAACUGUUACCAAAAAACAAGCCAUGUAUGAACAGCUCUGGAAAGGAGCAUACCAUUUAUCUUUGAGGACUUUAUUAAUUGAAAAUCAAGGUCAGCUUGAGAAGAUUCUAUGCCACAAAUGUGGAUCUACUGAAACACUCCGUGCAGAAGCCCUUAUGAAGCUGUUUGACAUCACUAAAUACGGCAGAAGAGGCAGUAACAAUCGGAACAGGAGUGAGGAGGUGGCACAGAACUUUGAAAGUUUUGUUUAUGAUUGUGAAGAUGGUAAAUGCUGCUAUACUGAUGGGAGGGUGACGAUAGAAGAUGUUCUAAAAUUUGUAACAGGAUGUAGUAAUGUGCCACCUGGGGGUUUUGAUGCCAGGUUUAUUUUAGGAUUUACAGAGGAAAAACGAUACCCUAGUGUAUCAACUUGCACUUUCGAAGUGACACUGCCAUUGAACUUAACAGAAUUCAAAAUGUUUAAAGAUGUCAUGAUAGAAGCAAUUGUGUCUGGUCCGGGAUUUGGUCAAGUUUAAAAAAAAAUGGGAAAUUAUAAAAGCACGUCUGGAUGACACCUUAUACUGCAUCUGAAUGAGGGGGUACGCUGGUUUACUUUCGUCAUUCCCGUCAAAGUAAUCUAUCUAACGUAUUUCUUUCUCAUAAAAUAGUAUCGGCAUUUUUAGGAUUUGCAAAUGGAAGCUUCCUUAAAUUUGGCAGCUGGCUUCAUGUCGGCAUGUUUUCUUUUUCAUGUGAUACGUUCUCACUUAUGAAUAAAAUUAUUCUUACACAUAAAAAUUAUGCAUGACAUUUUUGUCGCUUUUUAUAAGGAAAUACAAUACAGUUCAAAGCUUUCUUAAAUUUUGACUGUAAGCUCCUUUUAUUUCUUGCUAAUGAUACAUUUGCUACCAACACUAAGUUAACAGUAAAAAAUGCAUGAUUGACAAGGACAUAGUACAGCUUACCGUUGAUUUUUUUUUUAAAUUUCUGUCUGUUUAGGAAGGUUCCCUACGGGUGACUACCAUUAAUCGUAAUAUCUAUAUGAUUUGCAAUGUUAUAUUUCAGCUUAAGUAAAAAAAAAAAAAAAAAUAUUUGAAUUUAAAAGGUCAGGCACAGUUUUAAAUACAACGUUAACCAAUUCAGGCUUCAAAUGGAAAUAAAUAUAGAAGUAUUGCCAGUUAAAUGGGUCUGAAAACUAAUUAAAAUCAUGUUGCCAUUGAAGUACUACAUUGACAAUAUAGUAUUACCAUGGUUUUAUCUAAGCGUCAUCCUCAAUUAUCUUUGUAAACCUAAUGUGUAACAUUUUAUUACUCAACUUAUAUAAUACUUUUUCCAACAGUUUGACUAGCUUUUUAUUCAUACAGACUCUAAUCUUAUUUUGCCAUGCAAAUGGCUUUUUAUGAAUAAAUAGAAUGCAUAUCAAAUCCGAAAUUAUUAUUUUUCAAAUUAUAUAUAUAUUUUUUUAAUUACCUUUUCUAUGAUCUUCUAUAAUCUUACAAUU